AUGAAGGUCAAUUUCAAGGACCUCAAGCAGCAGAAGUUCACCAUCGAGUUUGAGCCCACCGAUCUCAUCUCGACGGUGAAGCAGAAGCUCUCUGAGGACCAUGGCUGGGAUCCUGCGCUCCAAAAGCUCAUCUAUUCAGGCAAGAUUCUGAAGGAUGAGGAUACCAUCGAGUCUUGCAAGAUCGAGGAGAAGGGCUUUGUUGUUUGUAUGGUGAGCAAGCCCAAGGCGCCCAAGCCAGCUCCUGCCGCCGAGUCUUCUUCCGUCGUCCCGGCCACACCUGCUCAAGCCGCCCCGGCCUCUACCCCAGCGCCCCCAGCUGCCCCAGCUCAAGUAUCAAAUGCCGCCUCAGCUGCUCCUGCCACCCCCAGCCCAAAUCGGACUAGUGGUGCCCCCAACGACUCGAGUGCUCUGGCUAUGGGAGAGCAGCGUGCACAGGCUAUUGCCAACAUGGAGGCCAUGGGUUUCGAGCGAUCCCAGAUCGACGCUGCUAUGCGUGCCGCCUUCUUCAACCCCGAGCGUGCGGUUGAGUACUUGUUGACGGGCAUUCCCGAGAACGUUCAACAACAAACAGCUGCCCAGCGCGUGGGUCAUGCCAUCCCCCCCCCCGCCCCUGCUGCUGCGAGCCCCGCCCCUGCGUCUGCUGGUGAGGCUGCUGGUGACCUUGAGGGAGAAAAUUUGUUUGACCUUGCUGCUCGUGCUGGUGGUGCCCGCAGCGGAAGUGGUGGAGCUGCUGCCGCCGGAGCGAGCGCGCAAGAUCUUGGCAACCUAAGCUGGCUUAGACAGAACGCUCAGUUCCAACAGCUUCGCCAAGUCGUCCAACAACAGCCCGGCAUGCUCGAGCAGAUUCUUCAGCAGCUCAGUGCUGGUAACCCACAACUCGCCCAGACGAUCGCCCAGAACCCCGAGCAGUUCCUCCAGUUGCUUAGUGAGCACGGUGAUGACGAUGCGCCGCUCCCCCCUGGAGCCCACCAGAUUUCGGUCACAGAGGAGGAGCGUGACGCCAUUGAGCGGUUGACUCGGCUAGGAUUCAGCCAGGACCAGGCCAUCCAGGCGUAUUUUGCCUGCGAGAAGAACGAGGAGUUGGCUGCGAACUUCUUGUUCGACCAGCCCGAUGACGAUGAUGAUGACAUGGGCGGCACCGGUACUCACUAA